GUCCGAUAGUUUGACUUGCUUUUUUGUGUUUAUUAUUUUUUCGUUUUCCAUAGAGCAGUCUUGACUGUUUCACUUCCAUCCAUAUUUGCUAAACCUCAAUGACAUGUGUACAUUAUUCACCGUUUAAUAACAAAAAUUGUAGUACUAUAUUAGGACGAUUAUUAUUUCCAUGUAAAUAAUGCAUUAAAGCCAUUGUGUGAAACAUAAAACGCAAAUUCACUAAACAGUAAGGCAUCCAACUAACAAAACCGUUCAGAUAACCUAGCAAUACUCGACUGAAUAGUGAGCUAAAAUAAAGUUGCAACGUGUUUACUUCCUUGUAAAUCUUAUAUUAAUAGCUUAAUGUAAAGCUAAAUAAUUUGCAUUAGUUAUCGGUAAUAACAUUGCAAUAAUUUUUUAUCGUUAUAUCAUUUUGUGUUUAUUUCCGGAUACGCAGAUGAUAGUCUGUUAAUCUUCAAAAGCAUUCAGAAUCGGAAUUUAUGAGACGUAAAUACUUUUUAUUGUAUACUUUUAAUAUCUGUUUGACUGUUUACCUGUCACUGUAGACUGUUUUUAUGGCUAGUAGUAUUCCACACAAUUUUAACAUCAUUUACUAUCAGACGUAUUAUUUCAGAGACCUAGAAUGGUGUGAAAAUUUGAAACACAGAUAUAUUCACUGAGAACCUAGGAAUGUCGAAUGUUUAAGGUUUCCUUUCAAUUUCAUAGCCAUCCAUUGUAUACACCGAUAAAUCUUUCCGGCUUCUUCUACUGACAUGCAUACACGACUUGUAAUUAUAGCUGCUGCCAUUGAUUUUACAAAAUGGAGGACACCUUUGGAAAAAUCGUGGCUCGAAUACUAGAUACUGAAAUAUCUAAAACAUGUAACAGGUGCCUAUACCGGAAAUAAAGUGGAAUUUGUUCAAACUGGUCUAAAUGAGUUUGGGUUUUAUGUAGCCAAUUGUUGGGCAACUACAUUUUUUAAUUUUUAAAAUUGAUUCUGCGGCUCAAUCCAAGUAAACAGAUGGGCAGCAUUAUUCUGAUACACUAUUUCAAGUAUGUCUGUAAGUAAUUAGGUUUCAGAAUAUUAGGUGACAAAUUAUCUGUUCUGUUGCGUUAAAAAGAAAAGCAAACCAGUAUAUUGUAUGUCUGUUGCUCUCAACUCAAAUCCUCAGUCGGCUUGUCAAAGCACUGUUGUCCACUUUGCUGUAUGAAAUUAUGACUAGUAUUUUCUAACCUUCGUGCUUAAGAUAAGUCUAUAUGUUUCUUAAAACAAUUUCGCAAAUUGUCAGACGAACAGAUUAUUCAGUUUAUUUUUAAGUAUUUUAGGUAUUUUAUAAUGUUUAUCACUGAGGUAAAUCACAUCAGUAUAUUUAUUUUGUUAAACGACAAAUAUUCUCCAUUCUUCUGAUUGUUUUUAAUUUCAGCUGGCAAAAAUAUGGAACACUACACACUGCUUCCACUAAUAAUCAUUGUGUGUUUAUGCCAAAGAUUGGAAACAUCUUUUUACCUUAGAACAAAAAAUAUUUGCAGUAGUCGUGACAAAGUUUCCAUUAUCGGUGGGGAACAAAGACGCCUAGUUACAGAAGGAGGUCGGGUAACACUAAUAUGUUGUGUACCAGGUAAAAGUAAUGGUCAUGAUCAUGAGCAACUUGUAUGGAAUAGCCCGGAUGGAAAAGAAUUAGUAAACUAUUUUUCUAACCCAAUAUCUGAUAAUCAACACACUGCAUAUUCUGUGCCUGAUUUUCACUCAAAAGAUCACUUGAUAACUAUGAUGGUUAUUCAGAAAUUCCAAGCCAAAGAUAGUGGCCAGUAUACAUGUCGAAACACACACCCUAGUUCUACAGCCCUUCCAGCUAGUGUCUUUAUAGAUGUCAGACCUAGGCUUUUGGCAGACUUCAUUCCAUUACCCCCAUCUAAUGUAGAGGAUUCUGGUUCAGCAGUUGUGGCUGGUGUUGCAGUGUCUGUCGCUCUUGAAGAAGGACGAAGAGGAGAAAUAAAAUGCCGAGUUAACUCACAACUUAAUCUCGAUAGUGUUCAACUUACGUGGUUUUUUCAGGGUCGUCAACUGAUUACGCCGUCCAUCGUAAUGAAACAAAUAGGACAAAAGAAUUUGUUUAAAGUCAAUAACACUAGCCUUGAGAACCCUCUUACUGAAAUUGAAAAUCCUGAUAUUUUCCCACCAUCCUCACAUGAAAGAAAUUUUGCAUCAGGGUCAAACCAACUGUUUACCGAGCAACUAAACCGCCCCGUUGCCCUUGAUCCUGAAGAAUUGGGUAUACAAAUUUCUCAGAAUGGACAAAUACUAGAUAUUUCGAGAGUGGAUACACGUCAUUCAGGAAUAUUUUUAUGCAAGGCAGAAACUGUUAAUCCAACAUGGUCACCACAAAAUUCAGAAUACGGUUCACGCUUAUACGAAAGUGGAGUUGUAACUUCACCUUUCUUGAUACAAAUCCAAGCCAUUCGUGGCAUAGUUUAUUCACGUCCACGUUUACUCCCGGGAAGCCCCAUGGAAGUAUUCUCUACAACUGAUUCAGAUGAAUCACAGUUGGUGGAUCCAUAUAAACACUUUGUUAACAAGCGUCAGGAUGAACAGAGAUUAGAUACAAUUCCAGGUUCAUCCAGUUAUUUGCAAACUGUCUUGCCUUUAUGGCGUGGUAGUGAUAAAGAGAAAGAAAAACCUAUUAUGACAAAUGCAAGAAAGAUAGUUCAGGAAGGUGGAAGACUCAUAUUAGAAUGCCAAGCUCGUGGGAGACCGAGUCCCCAACUACUCUGGUAUAGAGGUGGUAUGGGAUCCUCAACAACAAACAGUUCUCAGGCUAUUACAUUCGAUCAACGGAUCAAGUCAGCAUUACAGCACUUACCUUUGGAAGAUGUACAACGAGAACUGGGAAUUCUUAUCGCUGACUUCGAUCAUCUUUUUCCUGCUGUAAUUAACAUGGUAAAUAUAUCAAAUGAAGUUACAAACAAAGCACCUGAAAAUCCUGGAAGCAUUCACAGAAAAGGAAUACAAACACAUGAAUUAGGUCGUUUUCAGUUGUCUACUGGUCUUCGAAAAGAUGACCAGGGAGACCCCGUUAUAGCAAUGUCACGCCUAACAAUCAAUAACUUAAUGCCUUCAGAUGCCACUCGUUAUACUUGUCUUGCCCUCUUGAAUUUGAAUUACUAUGGUGGGGCUGGAAAUUUUACUGAUGUUGGGAGCAUUCUUCCUGAUGUUGUUCUCAGACCCAGAUUUGUUCGCUCAGGAACUAAUUUAAAAGCCAGCGGAUAUCCUGGAGAAAGUUGCAGGCUAACAUGUGAAGCAUAUGGCGGUCUUCCGAAUGAAAUGGGUCUACGGGUUCGGCUUUUAAAAGGUCCUGGUGUCAACAAAUUAAUUUCUUCUUUAUCUUAUUCUAUGUAUUCAGAAAAUAAAAAUCCUAUAUUUAAAUCCUAUGAAGAUCUUGCUGAACCUCAGUCAGUUCAUUCUUCAUACACCAACCCAAUGUUUAAUCAUAAAUCAUUCGUUAAAGACAACGAAUUAAAUGACUGGUUUCCAUCUGAUACACAGUACACAAGUUUGUUGACUGGAAAUGGCAUGAGCGAUAAAUCAAAUAACAGUGAUUUUAUUGAAAUUGUCAAACCUGGUAUGAAUCCUCGAUAUCACUUGAAAGUUGAACCAGAUCCGCGAAAUCCAUACGCAACAAUUUUACGUUUGGAUAUUACAGAUUUAACACCAGAAGAUAAUUCAUUUUAUUUAUGUGAAGCACUCUCCGGACCUCAUUGGCGAGCAGCUACUCCUACAUCAUCAGAACCGCCUGGGAGAGUGACAGUUUGGUUCGCUCCACCUGCCGCAGAGCCUCGACGUAUUAGUGAAAUAUCAGACCGAUUGGAUGCGGAUGAAAGUGAAACACUCUCUCAACCUGGCAAAUAUGUUGUUUAUGGUCUAUCUCAUUUACCUUCUAAAAUAGCUUGUCAAGCACUAGGACAACCAACACCUCAAUGGAAAUGGGUGGGACCACAAAGUGGACCAAGUGUACCAUUAGGUGAACUAAAUGAUCCGAAAGGUUAUAUUAAAAUGGACUAUCAAGACGGCGAAUAUUCUGUAACUGAAUUAACUGUUCCUGCUGGUUAUUGGAAUGUCGGAGUAUUUGGUACUUAUUCAUGUACUGCAACCAAUAGAUUAGGCCAUGCUACUGGGCAUGUUCGACUGCAGCUAGCUAGCCAUCCUGGUAGACCAGCUUUAAGAGCUUGUAGAGUUGAAGCAACUUUAAUUGAAUUGUGUGUUGAACCUCCAAAUGAGACAGGUGGUUUGCCACUAACUCAUUAUGAAUUAAGAAUCCAAACUCAUCCACGUGGUGCUUUUCAUGGGCCUUUCGCUUAUCUUCCUGGUCGCAGAGUGCUGAGAUUACCAAAUCUUAUCCCAGGUUAUUACUAUCGAUUUGCUCUGUCAGCCGUAUCAAGAGCAGGAAGAGGACCAAAUGCGUAUUUACAGGUUACAACUAAUCGAUUAUCUAGACCUGUACUUAAACUACUUGCUUCUCAGGAUUAUAUUAGUCCCACAGGAUAUAAUGUUCAUUGGAAUACAGAAACUACAAACGGUAUGGAUAUCAAUCAAUAUAAUAUCAAUAUAAGACCAGUAGAAGUUGAUUAUUCCAUGGGUAAGUUUAAUAUUUUCUCCAUAGCACACAUAAAGGCUAAGUAUGAUCAUUGUUAUUUUUAUUAUUAUGUAAAAUAAAACAAAACUGCAAUAUCUUUCAAGAGGACGAAAUCAUUUGAGUUUCUGAUGUCUUGGUAAAUACUUUAAUUAAUGAUGGUGAAGCUCAGUUGUGCUUAAGAGUGUUUAAACAUUUCAAAUAUAAUUUUUUUUCAAAGUUUUUAUUGAAAUAAUUAGUGAACACCGAAUAGAAACUGGAUGUCAAUGAAUGGUAAGAACAGUUUUUCAAGUUGUACAUUAAAAUGGACAAAUCUUCAUAAAACUAUUGAGAUACUUAGAAAUAAUACUACCAUUAAUAGAAUAUUUUAAAGAAAAAGGAAAUAAAGUCAUUAUUCUUGUUCCUCUAAAUUAUGAUGAUUGUAAAUAUCUUGGUCGAUUGGUUUUUGAGUCUUAUGAAUUAGAUGAAUGCUGCAACUUAUGCUAGUAACAACUGCCAACUAAUACUGAUAUUAAUACGAAACAAUUAGAUGAGAAUGGUUUCUCAAUUUCCUUCGUCCUCAUUUCACUUAUUCCAUACACAUAUCUGUAAUUCAAAUGCAAACUUUCUUGUUUGAGUUCAUGUGACCCGUUUUCACUAGAUGCGAUUUCGUCAUGUGUAUAUAAGUAAUAAAUUAUUCUAUUUUCCUGCUGUUGUUGUAAGCAUAAGGUGGAAGAAAACUAUUUAGGAAUGACAAGACCAAAAUAAAAUAGUGAUCCAUAAAUUCAGUUAGUGCCUGUCUGUAAUAUAUGGGUUGGCCUUACUUAUCUUGAUUAAUAUGAUAGGAAUAGUAAAAGAAAACACAAUUUAUUGACAGUAAAAAAGAGAAAUUCGAAAUGGUGUCCACUUUUUUUCGCUCUCCAAAUAUUGGGCAUCUUAUUAUUUUAAGUCUGCUUGUUACUCUACCAGCUGAUUUCUUUCUCCUUAUUCCCUUUUCAAAGUUUUCUUUUACCAUCGAUUUCCUCGUUUUAAUUAGCAGAGGUGUCUAAAAAAAUUAAGUCAUUGAAUUUUAGCAUAAGAUUCUACAUUUUUGUAUAAGGCUUUUGAAAAGAAAAUUAAUUUUCAAUAGGUACAUAUGCCCAAUAAUUCUUCAAAAUGUCGGUUAGUUAUUACAAUCAUUUUUUCUGUAUGAUCGAAUCCUGUACUCUUAAACAUCUAUAUGUGUAAAGUUGUCUCAUGUCUUAGCCAUAUAUGCUGAUUGAUCAUACAGUAGUAACCAAUCUUCUGUUUGUCUAGUCCUUACUGCUGAUCAAAUUCUAUCAACUAAGUUACAAUAUGGCCAGUAGUGUGACGCCAAACUGUACAUAUUACCUUUGAACAUAGGUAUACGUGAGCAUAAACUCGAUCCUUGUUUCGUACUGUUUGACACUUAAUAGCAAAGUUCACUUCCAUUACUGAGGAAACUGAUACACAGACAUUAGUACUGAGCUAUUCUGCUCGUGAUAGAUACUCCUUAGGACUAAAAAAAUAUUUGUGUUCAAAAUGUGAUGAUGGUAAUAGUGAUUUUAAACAGGUUAAAGAUAUGAUUUGAAUUUCUGUGACUAGUUUGUUCAGUUACCUAUAAAAUAAACGAGAAAUUCAUUUUAAUAAUCAGGUUGGAAGAUGCUUAAUGGGAUAAUUUCCUUAUUCAUAAAAUUCAUGAGAAAUAAUCUAGUCUUGUUUUAUUGACGAUACAAUCUUUCACCGACUUUUAUUUUGUAAAAUAUAGUUUUGUUCAUGUUAUUCUAUCUGCCCAGUUUACCUUCCCAUAAAAGUAAAGUCGGUGGUACCAUAAUUUAUGGACGAUCUUAGAGCGACGCUAAAGUGAUCUUGAGACAACUCACCUUACUAUAGGUCUAAAAGUGGGUUACAAAUUAGUAUAAGGAAUUAAGAUUAGGAUUUGGAGUUAGAAUUUAGGUUUAAGAAUUAAAUCAACAGUUUUCAUCACGAACUGACAUAAGUUAUAAUGACGAAGUGCUAUUUAAUUAUAUAGGUAAAUGAACUUCGCAGUAAAAUAUAAAACUUGAUAUCUUCAAUCUAAUUGGUUCGUCCAUAAAUUAUAAUCUCGCCGUAAAAAUUUUUUCUUAUCUUGUGAAACGAUAUAAAAUGAAGCACAUCCGAUUGACAGAAAAUAAAUGACGUAAUUUUUGGUUGAUUAAUUACUGUGUUUAAUAUAACAACAGAGUUUUACAAAUACGAGGGCUCAGGGCAUUAUUUUAGGGCUUGAGCCAUAACUACUAUAAAUACAUCAGGUAAAUUGGAAUGCAGCUAAAUAUCAUAAAUUGUCCACUAUAAUUUCAAAAUUCCCAUUAAUUCUUUUGAAUCUCUGGUUUAAUCAAAUCUGACAAUUAAAAACACAAUUAAUACACUACUCGAUAUAUUAGGGUUCGUGAGCGAGUGUUAAAAAAAUUAUUAUAAUUCAACACUAAAUUAAUAUUAUAUCCGGGUCGUCAUCGUUAUCUAUGCAUCUCCAUAUUUUUUAUACUUUAAAAAUGAUGAAACACUUCAAUUCCUUCGAUGUGAAGUAUGAACACAAAGAAUGGUACAAGUGAAGACUCUAAACAAAAAUACACUCGUUGAUUUGUACAUCCAUUUUGUUUAUUAUUUAGGAAAAAGGUCACAUAUGUCAAAGUGCCUAAAAUGGUAACAAACUACAUGGUACAUAUCAUUCUGAGCAUAGUUCACGUUAAUUUAUUACAAAGAAUAUCAUAUCAUACUGAAUAAAAAUCACAUUGAAAAUGAAACUAAUCUUAAAUUGAGCAAAUUAUUACAAUAUAAAUAAGUUGAGUAUUAGUCUGAGCACUUAUCACUGAAUUAAAAAAGGAAUUAUGUGAUAUAUUAGCGCAAUACAUUUCGAACAAUCUGAUCACGCAUAUACUUGAUAAGACAUUCUUAUAUCAAAAUUAAAGGGUCAACUAGACUAGAAAUGGAGGGUAAGAGAAGACAAGGAUAAUAAAUAAAAUAAUAUGAAAAACAACUUGAAACCUGAUCACUCUGGAUAACAAGCUAAUAUAACCAGGGUAGUUUUAAGGUGAAAACAAUAUGUUUUUGAACAUACAAAGGGGAUUUGAAUUUUCGUAUGGUUAAGGCUUCAAUAAACCUUAGUAUACGCCCUUCUACACUUUUGUACAACACCACAAAAAUCGAGUUAAGAUCAAUCUUAUGACCUGUUUCAAUUAUAGAGGAUGAUGGAUGUUUAUCCUCCAUUCUUAUCGGGUCAUUUGAUUUUUUUUUGUUUCUGUAACCAUUUAGGUACAUGUUCACACACCCUAAUUUUGAGAUCACGAUUGCUCCUCCCUAUGUAUGUGUGACCACAUAUAUACUUAAAUUGGUAAACACAGUGGGAUGUGACGCAAUCGUUUUCUUGUCUUUUAGAUUUUUGAUGAUAAUAUCUCACAUAGUUCUAAUAAUCUUAUUACACUAUCGAAAUUUAUCAAAUGGACUAAUUGCCUUAUAAAAAGAAUGUAAUAUUCAGCAACAAUCACAUUGAAUUAGAGGAAAAUGUGAUCUCACUUUCCUCCCGUCAUAUGAGUUGUGCUUUAGUUCAAUGACAAUUUAAACUAUGUAUAUCUUGUAGUUUAGGAAAUACAGUAUUUCUCAUUUGUAAAGUAGGAAGAUCACGGUGUAAAAUGUUUUUUAUUAUAGACCAUUGAUUUCUGAUUCUUAUUUUAUUACUAAAUAGUCGUUUUGACGAAAGAAACAAAAAAUUCCCUUGAUGCAGUCUAUAUGUACUAUAGUGUUUAUGCAACUAUCUAAAUAAAACUAGGCUUCAUUUGAUUUAUAAUUUAAUCCAAAAAUUAGGUGAGAUAGUUGGACGUCCUAUUGGAUCUUGGACUCAUUUUAAUAACAUUGAACCUCUGUGUGUUACAUCAGUGGCAGAAGAUAAAAAAAUAUGCAAUUUCUUAAUUGAUGAUUUAAAGCCAAACAGUGCAUACGAACUAGAAUUAUCUGGACAGAAUUCAAUGGGAUUCUCAGAAACACAACGAAUCAUAUUUAGAACAUCAUCAUUGACAGGUGUGAAUGGACGAAUACUAAAUAUGCCCUCAACUAUGAGAUUAAAAGGGAAAUCUAAUCAUGUUCAUCUAGCAAAUAGUUCACUUAUUUUUCUGUUAGUCACUAUUCUACACUUCAACUUAAUUUAUAAAAGACUUAUGUUUCAGUUAUUGAUAAACAAGAUAUAGAUGUUAUAUAAGAAAACUUCUUAUAGGCAAAAUCUGACAUAAUCGCAUUGAAUAGCUGCCUCAUACGUUGAUUUGUUUUUCGCCUAGUAUAUGAUUUGAUAUUAUUUGAUAUUGUUGUAAAACUAUUAUGUUGAAGCUCUUCAGUUCUCUUACUUCCUCAGUGUCGACUUGUUCAUCAUAUUGUGAUACUUAUAAAUAAACAGAUUUUAAUUAUAAUUGCUUUUAUUUUAGUUCGUCAGAUGUCUACUUCUUUAUUAAGUUUAUAUUAUUAUUCUUUACAUCUCCUUACAUUUUAUGAAUAUCUAUCAACCUUUGUUGAAUAUUUGAAUUCAUAAGAUUAGUGUCACUUUCAUCGUUUUCUCCAUCUUUAUAUUUAUUCAUAUGUCUAUUCAGUUACAUAACCCAGUCGGAAAAUGUUUUCAUUGUUGUUAUCCUUUGAUGUUUUAUUUACUAUAACCUUUUUAUAAUAUCAAACGUAAUAUUUAUUCAUAAUAUUAUAUAUACACUUCACCACCGUUUAUAUAAUCAUCAACAUCGUAAUUUCUCUUGUCAAUGUAAUUCUCAGUGUUUAUGCUAUUUUUCUCUAUAUUUUGAAUUACCAUAAUCAUUAAUAUUAUUGUUAUCGUUAUUAUUACUAUUACUUUACUAUUAUUAUUAUGCGAAAAAUAAAUUACUUUUUUCGACUAGUUAAUUUCAUCUUUCGUAGUCAUUGAAAAUAAUGAAUUAUGAACUUGUAGUUUGCAAGUUAAGUACCAAAUGAAUAUUUGCAAAACGAAUGUUUUGAUUUUAAUUAAUAAUUGAUAGGCAGGGGGAAUAAGAGAUUUUGAGCUAUCGCCUAUUUCUAUCAAUUAUCGUCCUCAUCUUAAUAUCGCG